AAGAAGAGAAGAAAAAACCUUCCACGCUCCUGAGGGGCGCAGUCCAUCGUUCUCUUUUACUCUACUCCAUCGCGCACACACACGCUCCAGCCGUCACCUCCGGUCAUCGGAACUAACUAUCCUCCGGCGAAGAAAUCCUGAAGAGUUCACCUGAGCUAGAAGCUAGCGUCUGUAGGUUCGCUACCUCAAAAUUAAGAAGAAUUCAGGGGAUCAUUUAUUGUUGGUUUAUUCUCAAUGGAAGCCAAAUUUUUUCGAUUUCUUAAGAUUGUGGGUGUUGGGUACAAAGCCAGAGCUGAAGCUGAAGGACGCCUCUUGUUUCUCAAAUUGGGAUACAGUCAUGAGGUUGAAUUGACUGUUCCUCCGGCUGUCCGUGUUUUCUGCUUCAAGAACAAUGUAAUAUGUUGCACUGGAUUGGACAAGCAAAGAGUGCACCAGUUUGCUGCUACUGUUCGUAGCUGUAAGCCGCCUGAAGUGUACAAGGGCAAGGGCAUUAUGUACGUUGACGAAGUUAUCAAGAAGAAGCAAGGAAAGAAAUCAAAAUGAGUGCAAAGAGGGUAAGUAUUGCUGGAGAAUGUUUUAGAUCAGUUUGUGAAUGGUCAGUGCCUCAUUUUUCCAAGAUGAGUUUGGCCUAUCUGUAGAAAUCAGAGAAUCCUUGCAGCAUGGACAGCCUUUUUCUAAACUAGUUGUCAGAUCUGUGUAAUACAUUUGAUCAGGUAUUCUCUGAAUCAAUAUGGAAUUUUCUCUCUAAUAAGAUACUAAAACCUCUCCAUGUUAUUUCA